AUGUUGGUGACUUUCAAUUCGAAGUCUAAGGGCAGAAAUAAGAGAGAUGAGGGCAGAAUGGGGGGCGGAGAGAAGAUAAAGAUAUUAGGAAGUUCUAAAGAGGCCGUUAGAAGUGAUGGAAAGGUGAUAAAACCUCAGCUUGAGGGCCGGGGAGUACCCAAGAUAGAUGCGAAGACUGCGAAGAGCGAGAAUGGGUCGAUCAGGAUCAUUGAGGAUGCCCGUGAUUUCCACCGGAUGAAGGCAUCGAGAAGAUCGAAGCAGGGGUGUUUGACGUGCAAGAUACGGAAGAAAAAAUGCAAUGAGGCAAGACCCGUGUGCGCAGAUUGUGCUCGGUUGAACAAGGAGUGUGUGUGGGUGGACUACAACUCGAUGAGCGAAGAGCAAAUCAGGAUGUUGAGAGAGCGGGUGGAGCACGAGGAGAGUGUGCUGAAGUUGCGGAAACGUAAGACUAGGGACCCAUCAACCGUAGUAGUCCCAACUCCACAUCACACGAAUCCACCUGAAGCAAACAUCCUCGAGACAAACUCACAGGACUCACCCAUGACGUACAUUAAUGCUACACACAAAUUGCAUGAGUCGUAUACCAGGAUCUCGGAUAAUGACAAGCUGAAGAACUCAGAUCUGUCGAAGCUUUUUAGGGUAUUUAAUAGUAGCCCGUCUCCUAGUUCGAACUCACCAGUCCCUACAAUCUCAAGCCUCCAACAAGCAUUUGUCACUCCCAACUCGCCUACCAUAAGCAACCUCAUGAACCCGCUUGAACACGAGAAUGGAAAGCAUAUACCCACGAACGAUGUGGUUGACCUUCCUAAUCUUCCAUCGUACGAAUCUAAUCUGUAUGAUAAAAUGACAUAUUCUCCAUCUACCUUCUUGAACUUUUUAAAGGGUUUGAAUCAUCCUCCAGAUAAUACCAAUAAUGAUGAAGAUGAUUACCCAGUUCCAACAAUAAAUGAACAACACGACAAGUCAAAGGAACUCAGUGUUAUAAAUUCACCUAGUUUUUCUUUUCUGAAUAUACUAGAACACUUUUCUGGCGAUAGGCAGUUUUCGCCAACUAAUUUCAAUAAUUUUGCAUCUUCCUUGAAUUCUAUGUUCACUCCAUUACCACCAUCUCCCCCUUCGAUAAUCCCAGAGCUAACGGGCAAAAGUGCCUAUUUAUACAAUUAUUAUGUUGAGACCCUAUCUCGCAAAGUGUGUAUAGCACCCAGUUCACAGAAUGAUUCCAACUCAUACCAGAAUAUUUUUUUGCCGCUUGCUCACCGCGAUAAGGGUGUUCUUUACGGAAUUUUAGCAUGGUCAGGCUUCCAUCUAGAUGGUGAAUGGAUAGAUGAAGGUAAAAAGUACGCUGAUUUGGCAUUGGAACAUAUGAACAAAGUAUUGAAGGAAUCAAUGGACAAAAAUCAAGGGAAAGACGAUAGACAGACUAUUUUGGUCAAAUUAGCUACUUUGCUUAUUUUAUGUGGUGCCGAAAUUUGCCGAGGUGAUGUUAAGAACUGGUCCAUCUAUCUAUACUGGGGCUGGAAAAUUUUAUUUACAAAUGGGGGUAUUCUAAAUUUCAAUCUGACAAAAGAAGAGCAUUGGUUGAUAUCUAAUUUUGCUUAUCACGAUCUAUUAGCUAGUUCUUCAAGUGAAAGAGGCACUUAUUUCCCAUCAAAAGACUAUGAAAUCAUAUUUUCGGACCAUGCAGGUUUAUCCCGAGGAAACUUAAACCCUUUACUAGGUGUUUCCAAGAAGCUUUAUAGGAUAAUUGGUGACAUCAGCACAUUGGCAUUCGAAAGUAAAAUUAUAUUAAGUCAAUACUACAAUAGAGACUCUGUAAAUACAAAAACAGGAAUUUCAGAAUCACCCAUCUUUGGCUCUCCAAAAGAUAUUGACGAUAAUGAUUCGAACUUGAGUACGCAUGCGAGAAUGAAUCGUUUGCUAUCGUCAGUUAUAGAUAAGGCAAAAGCACUCCAACUGGAAAUAGAUGAAUCAAAGCCGGAUCUCACGGACUUAGUCAAUCUCACAGACGACGAAUUAGAAUGGCAAUUGACUCUAUUCGAGGCGUUUCAGAUUAGUGCUAAGCUCUUUCUCAGGCAAACCAUUAUGAAGAUCAAUCCAUCGUCUUUGGAAUCUCAGGUACUAGCCAACGAUUUGAUAAAAUGCAUCGACAUCGUAUUGGGUUCUCCUGUGCAGGCAUCACUAGUGUUCCCAAUGUUCAUGUCUGGCAUUCAUUGUGUUACGACAUACGAUAGAGAUUCUAUGAGAGAGAGGCUUGAUGAGUUCAUGAAAUUAUAUGGUCCCUGGAACGUCACCAGAGCCAAAUUUCUUAUGGAAAAAGUUUGGGAACAAAGUCCAGAAGGUGACAGGGUUGUCGACUGGCAUUCGAUUCUCAAAGACCUAGGAUGGGAUGUCAACUUCGCUUAA